CAGAUUUCCUAACCUGAAUAAUCAACUUUAAUAAUUGUUAAUAAUUAAUAUUUUACUUUGCGAGGCAGAUUGCCGUGUUUUUUUUACCGAAUUCUUUCGUUUUGAAUGAAAACGCAUCGAAUGAGUAUAUUUUUUAAAUUAAAAUUUAAGAUGAAAAAGUUAUUGUAAAUAAUUAUUAAAUUAAUAUUAUAACGAGAGAAAAAAAAUUUUUUGUGCCAUUAUAAUAAAAUACAUAUUCGUUGAGUACUCAUCAAGAGGAAUCACGUGAAUUAACUGGAUGUAAGGAAUGUAAGCUUUAUAUACCAAGAGAAUUGUCUUCCGCUGAUCUCUUUGACAAGAUUGUUCAUACUUUUAAAUUGCACAGUCUGCAAAGUCAGUUAAUACUAGCUGUGAACGAAGAAUUUAUCGUUCCAAAUAGUAUUCUCGCAUUAUCAGAAAAGGACAAAAUUGCAGUCAUUCCGCCGCUCAGUGGAGGAUAAUAUGGAGGCACCAAAGAAUUUUAUCAAGUUGCAACAAGGAGAACUGAACAUUUCAGAAAUCAUAAGUUUGGUGACAUUUUCUAACUGCGGAGCAAUAUCUAACUUUAUUGGAAUCACUCGCGAUAAUUUUGAAGAUAAAAAGGUAAUCAUGUUAGAAUAUGAAGCCUAUGAAUCGAUGGCUUUAAAAGAGAUGGCUAAUAUCUGUGAUAAAAUUCGUUCACAAUGGGAUGUAGAAGGCAUCGCUAUAUUUCAUCGUAUUGGAAAAGUGCCGAUAUCUGAAGCAAGCGUUGUAAUCGCGAUUUCCUCUCCCCACAGAAAGGAAUCAUUGAAUGCAGUAGAAUAUGCUAUUAAUACAUUAAAAGCAUCAGUCCCUAUUUGGAAAAAAGAAGUGUACGAAACAGGAGAACCACAAUGGAAAGAAAACAAAGAAUGUAAAUGGACAAAUACUUUGAAGAGGGAAGAUAUUCAAACAGCUGCAGAUGUAAAUGAAAAAGUAUCAAAUAAAGAUAUUAUUGAUUUAAAUCUUAUACAAGUUCGAGCGAAUUCAGAAGAAUUAAAUCGUAGGAUAGAAUCAUUCAUUGAAAGAAAACGUCAGCAAGUAAAUACUGUGAAUGUACAAGAAUUUUGCCGCCACAGUGAAAAAAAUGAUGAUAAUGAAAAUUCUUGUGCAAGAGUAGACGCCAUUCUUAUUCGACGCAAAGAUUCUAAAAGUCAUGUAAAAGUUCACAGAGUAGCAAAUAUGUGGGGACCUCAAACUAUCGAUCAAUCAGUUUUACGCAAGUCAGUUACGAAUAAUAUAAGCUUUAAUGCUUCGAGUUCUUUUUCUAUAUUGGAUGACAGAAUUUCCGCAACAGAACAUACGAUAGGAAUUAACAAACCAGUGCCUAAAGAUAUUUACAAAAGAUUGAAAAAUAUUGAAGACAGAAUAUUAUAUUUAGAAAGCGUAUCGCCGGAAUACAAGGAAUUUUGGAUGACAGAGGAUACAAAUAAUUUAACGGGCAUUUCAAAAUCUACCCGAAAAAGAACAUAUUCCAUAGCAGAACUCGAUUUGAAGUUAUACGAACUGGAAGAUAAAUAUACCAAGAAGAUGAAAUAACAAUUGUUAUAAAAGUACAAUUGUUAUUAUAUUUGUAUAAACAAUGCAAUACCAGGCGAUUAUAUAAAUAUUUAAUACAUAAUUUAAAUAUAUAAAUGUCAAACGAUCAAAGAUGAGUGCCCAACAAACAAAAAUAAAUUCGAAUAAAUUGAAAAUUGCAAUUUAUUUAAAUUUAUUCGCGCUUUAGAGUCUUCGAGUAUUUUUGGAUUCAAAUAAACUCAAAUAUGGAUUGAAAUACGAAAUGCGCUAUUUAUAAUUUCAAUUCAGUUGGAUUCAUGUCCCCAUUAUAUUAUUUUUGGAAUUAAAUGAAAUUGGAAUUGAAAUAUAAAAUAAGCUAUUCACUAUGUUGAAUUUAUAUUAUUUUUGGAUUAAACUGGAUUCAAAAAACCUGGGAGUCAAUCAUGUACAUUUUUCCCUAUGGCGGAAACGUGAAAAGUGAAAAUCUUUACCAUUGAAGUUAAUGGAGAAAUUUUUCACUUUUUAUGUUUUUGCUGUAGGGAAAAACUUUACAUGAUCUCUGAAGCGAGAUUUCAAAAAUGUCAAAAUAAAUUUAUUUUUAUUAUUUAAAUUCAUUUUCGUUUGCUGGGUGCUUAAUAUUCCUGCUGUAAAUUCAUAUA